AGCUAGGCAGACCGAAUGAAGGGCACCAGAUGCACGACGUCGAGCUGGUCUCCGGCCUCGUUGUAAUCCACCAACUCUUUUUUUUUUUUUUUUUGAGGGAAAGGCCAGUCUUGAAACGGUUGAAAUUCGAACAGUUUUGUACUCUUUUUUUUUUUUGGGGUCAAAAAAACAGUUUGUGCUCAUCGAUGGAGUAAUGGUGAAAGCUCUCGCAUUUCGAAUCGAGUUGACGGAACAAUACUGCCGGGCAAAUCUAAAGGGUGACGGAAGCCUAAACUUUUGAGCGUGCACCACAACAGAUCAAUUUCAAUUUUUCUUAACUCAUGAUGAGGCAAAAAUAAAGUUAUGCAGUGCAUUGGAUCAUCCAUUUUUUUUUUUUUUUUCCUUUUCAUGGUCUUAGCUGUCGUACCUUGGAACAAAAGCAGAAAGGAUCCCCUCCAAAGAGAACAAAAACAAAAAAAGGAGGGAGGGAGGGAGCAGAAAAGAGCUCUAUAUACGAUGUGAUCUAUGGAUUGACAUUCAAUCGGAGUUACCUACAGCUAUACAUGCACCGUAUGCUGCUAUUAAAUAAGAAAUGUUAGUUUACUUAUCAAAACUGGGGGCACAAAACUUUCAGCCAGACAACAAAAGUAGUACUAGAGGCUGAAAAUGGUACAUUUGAUCCAUGCAUAAAGAGUGAUCCAAGUGCCCAUAAUGUUGCUUCUAUUUGUAUGUAAAGUGAAAUAGUGUAGUUGACUUCCAGGACGUGGAAUAUGGGUAAUGCAUCUCACCAUUAUCGUUUUUCUGUUUGGUGGGGUGCACCACAAAUCCAGAAGCCCUUUUGAUGGCCAUUUUCCAAACUCCCAGAAAAGGAUAAAAGGGGACCUCUCCUUCCUCCUGCCCUCCCUUCUCAUCCUAAGAAAGAUAAGAACCAUAGGUAACGUUCGGUUUAAUAGUACAUGUAACUAUAGCAAUGCAGCUCAGGAUCAGCACCUCUCUUCUAGUCUAUCUUUUAAUACUCAAUCUCCUGUCUUCAGGUAAGGUUGAAGGCUUCAGCAAUGGCGUGAAUCACAUGUACUCAGCUGACAAGGAUGGAGUUGUGAUCGGGAACAACAGAAAGGUUCAGGUCCUGGAUGUAGCGUUGGAUUAUGACUAUGCAGGGCCUAAUCCUAAGCAUGACCCAAGAGGGAAGAAACCAGGCGGAGGUGGCAACAAAAAUCCUUGAGUUUCCUACAUAUCUGGUAUCUCCUGCAUGUCUUGCUUGAAGAGACGGCACCCAAUUCCACGGGGAUUUUUGUCCGGUUAAUUAAUGUGAGUUUGCAACAGCUUGGUGUAGGCAUGUCACGGGAAUGCCACACCUGCAUAAUAAUGCUUGUGUUCUGUGUUAAAUACUUAUAUUAUGUUCCGUUUUAUAUAGUAAGAAUAAACAAGGGUUCUUUUUCUUUAUGGAAUUUACCGAAGGGGUAUUGGUCUA